AUGAGUGUCGUUGGUAUCGAUUUCGGAACCCUCAAGACUGUCAUCGCCGUUGCUCGAAACCGCGGUGUCGAUGUUGUCACCAAUGAAGUUUCAAACCGAGCAACUCCUUCCCUAGUAGGAUUCGGACCCAAGUCUCGUUACCUUGGAGAGGCCGCCAAGACCCAGGAAAUCUCCAACCUCAAGAACACUGUCAGCUCCCUCAAGCGUCUUGCUGGCCGACAAUUCAACGACCCCGAUAUUCAGAUUGAGCAGCAAUAUGUGACCGCUCCUCUGGCCGACUGCAAUGGCCAGGUCGGUGCUGAAAUCAACUACCUGGGCAAGAAGGAGAAGUUCACAGCCACUCAGCUGGUCGCUAUGUACUUGAGCAAGAUCAAGCAGACCGCUGGAGCCGAGCUCAAGCUGCCUGUUCAAGACGUCUGCCUGAGUGUCCCUCCUUGGUUCACUGAUGUCCAGCGCCGUGCUCUUAUCGACGCUGCCGAGAUUGCUGGACUCCGUGUUCUCCGUCUCAUCAACGACGGCACAGCCGCCGCUCUUGGCUGGGGCAUCACAAAGCUCGACCUGCCUGCCCCUGAGGAGGCUCCCCGCCGUGUCUGCUUCGUCGAUAUCGGCCACAGCAGCUACACUGUCUCCAUUGUUGAGUUCAAGAAAGGUGAGCUCGCUGUCAAGGCCACAACCUGGGACAAGGACUUCGGUGGUCGUGACUUCGAUCGGGCUCUGGUUGACCACCUCGCCAAGGAGUUCAAGGGCAAAUACAAGGUCGACAUCAUGACCCACGGCCGUGCCCUUGCCCGUACCAUCGCCGCCGCUGAGAAGACCAAGAAGAUUCUCUCUGCCAACCAACAAGCUCCUGUCAACAUUGAGUCUCUCAUGAACGACAUUGAUGCUUCUGCCAUGAUCACUCGCCAGGAGUUCGAGGCCAUGAUCGAGCCUCUCCUUGCCCGAACCCACCUUCCCCUCGAGGAGGCCCUUGCCCAGGCUAAGCUCACCAAGGACGAUAUCGAUGUUAUCGAGGUCGUUGGUGGUGGUUCCCGUGUCCCCGCUCUUAAGGAGCGCAUUCAGGAGUUCUUUGGAAAGCCUCUCUCGUUUACUCUUAACGCCGACGAGGCUCUUGCCCGUGGUUCUGCCUUCAGCUGUGCCAUUCUCUCCCCUGUCUUCCGUGUCCGAGACUUCUCUGUCCAGGACAUCAUCAGCUACCCCAUCGAGUUCGCCUGGGAGAAGGCCCCCGAUAUUCCUGACGAGGACACCAGCCUGACUGUCUUCAACAAGGGCAACGUCAUGCCCUCGACCAAGAUCCUUACUUUCUAUCGAAAACAGCCCUUCGAUCUCGAGGCCCGAUACGCCCAGCCUGAGCUACUCCCCGGCAAGACUAACCCCUGGAUUGGCCGUUUCUCUGUCAAGAACGUCAAGGCCGAUGGUAAGGACGACUUCAUGAUUUGCAAACUCAAGGCCCGUGUCAACAUCCACGGCGUCCUGAACGUCGAGACUGGUUACUACGUCGAGGAGGAGGAGGUUGAGGAGGAGGUUAACGAGGAUCCCGAUGUGAGUUUGUCCGAGCCGUUUAUGGCGCCCAAUGAUUCCCCCCAUGUCCAAGAUCAGGACUCGGCCUCUUCAUCGUCCGCAUCCGUUGGAGAUGAUAGCCGAGCAUAUCCUGCAAAGCGCCCGCGACUCGAUGAUGAUGAAGAAAUCGACUCGUCUCGUCCCGCUUUCGCUGUUCCAGAACAUUUAGAAGAAUCGAAUUAUGAACCCCGAUCGCUAACAUUCGUUUCCCAAAAGGCCAUGGAGACCGAUAAGGAUGCCCCCAAGAAGACUCGCAAGGUGAAGAAGCAGGUCCGCAAGGGUGACCUGCCCAUCUCCACAGGCAGUGCCUCUCUUGACGACUCCACCAAGGCCAGCCUUCUCGAGAAGGAGGCUGCCAUGGUUAUGGAGGACAAGCUUGUUGCCGAUACCGAGGAGAAGAAGAACGAGCUCGAGGCUUACAUCUACGACCUCCGUGCCAAGCUCGACGAGCAGUACUCUGAGUUUGCCAGCGAAGAGGAGAAGCAGACCAUCAAGGCCAAGCUUGAGGCCACAGAGGAUUGGCUGUACGAGGAGGGUGAUGAUACCACAAAGGGUGUGUAUGUCGCCAAGAUUGACGAGAUCCGCGCCAUGGCUGGUCCCAUUGUCCAGCGUCACUUUGAGAAAGUCGAGGCGGAACGACAAGCCGCUCUGGAGAAAGCCGAGGCCGAACGGGCUGCGAAGAAGGCUGAGGAGGAUGCUCGCAAGGCUGCGGAAGCCGAGAAAGUCAAUGCCGACCAAGAGAUGAAGGAUGCCGACGCUCCGCAACAGGAGACCGAGGGCUCUGCCGACCCGCAGUAA